AUGCAGAGAGAGAUAUUCAACAUCACCAAUCUUAGAGAUCAGAAAGCAGACUUAUCUAUCUAUUUGUCUAUCUACCACACUCUAUCUAUCACAUCCUAUCAUAACCUAUUUGAUAAAUCAAGAUGUGCACAGCCAUAUUACGAACCUACAAAGGAUGCGGCUGCAUACGCGACCAUCUCAGCAUGUGCGAAAACCACUGGGAAUGUUUUAAAAAAUAUGAAAAAUAUCCCCCAGAGCAGCGACGAAGUUCCGGAGAGCUGUGAUGAGCACACGAAAGUCAAAGAUAAAGACGGAGGCGAAGAAGGAAGUAUUAGUACAUGUACUGUAGAAAUAAAUGCACAGAUCAUGCUGCUAAUAGUGAACGGGGAUUUUCUUUCUCACUCAGAUUUCAUUGAUCUAGAUGUUUUCUUUUCUACAGCACAUUAUCUUUUUUUUUAUCCUACUUACUUACUUACUUACUCCCUCGGCUACACAAUCAAGCAAUCAAGCAACCAAGCAAGCACUUAUCUUAUUCUCAUUCCUGGUUCUGAUCUUUGGAAAAAAGAAGGCAGUCUUACUACUUUAUCUGUGCCAACCUUAAGAGAUCAGAAAGCAAACUUAUCUAUCUAUCACAUCCUAUCUGAUAAAUCAAGGUGUAAUGCAGACACCGCCGCCGAAUUCUAUGCGUCAACAUGUUUUCCACCGCCGAAGCCAGGGGAGAGCCCUGCAAUCCAGAUAAUUGCAAGCCCAAUGAAUCACUGGAAGCGACCGACCCAGGGAAAUGUUGGUGGUGUGACUGGGACAGUGAUGAUGACCAAGACAAAGACAAAAGCGAAAAAAGCAAGGAUAAUGGCCAAGGAUAAGGGACAAAGCAGAGGACCGGAGGGCGUCAAAGGAAAGAUGUUUUGUGGAGGAGUUCUGCGUUUAGGUCUUGCCGACCGAUCCAUCUCUGGGCAAGGAAGGAGAAGUAUAGGAACUUUCCUACUGUCUUUCAACAUGUAUGUGUAUAGGUAUGUGUAUGGGUAUGUGAAUUUUCUAAGAGUCUUUUCCAAAAUGCAAGCUGUCUGUAUCUGCUUGAUAGAAUCGGUUGAGGAAAUUCAAUUUAUGGAAUCUGAUAAGACUAGAUCGCCAUUUCAGUCGAGUCAGUCGAGCUGGAAUAAAGGCGCAGAUCAUAGCUUCUUAAAUAUAUUCCCUGGUCGAUUUGACGCCAAGGACCAUCCUCGGAACAUUUCAAGUGAAGAACUGCUCAGCUGGUCUGUUGCAGAGGUUUGGCUCUUAGAAUUCCGCUCAUACAAGGAAAAGGAGGAUGGGCCCUUCCUAGUCCGUAUCCUCGUGGACCUGAGUUCUUCGACGACAGGCGUCUCUGCAAUUCCAAGAGGGGCAUUUAGGGCACGGAUCGCUGCAGCCGCUGAACUGAAGUCUCCGAUUGGAUGGGCCAGCCGCGAGAUCUCGAUCCAAACUGAAGGAUCCACAGAAUUCUUUCAUUAA